UUAAUAUAACAAAGUUAGAUUAAUUAUUUGACAUGUUAUAAAGUACAUUUAGCAUUCCAAUAACGAUUAAUAAUUAGUAAUAAAAGCGGAAAGUAAGGGAUUUUGUACUACUCCAGGAAUUACCAGGACGGAAGUUGACGAUGACGUACAAAAUAUAGGAGUAGUCUUCCAUUUUCUUGAGGCUUUCUAGUAAUACAGAGCACGUGUUUUGUUGCCGGUCACUGUGAACGCAUUAUUUUGUGUGUAAAUUUACAUCGGCAGUUAUUUAAAAUAACGUAAAUUAAUUAAUUUGGGAGUAGUAAUUUAAUUAAAUAAAUAAUGAAUCCAGAAAAGUUAAAAAAAUUACAAGCACAAGUUAGAAUUGGAGGAAAAGGAACACCUCGUCGUAAAAAGAAGGUUGUCCACGCCACUGCAGCCACAGACGACAAAAAGUUACAAAGUUGCUUGAAGAAAUUGUCGGUUAAUACAAUUCCCGGGAUUGAAGAAGUAAAUAUGAUCAAAGAUGAUGGUACCGUAAUUCAUUUUAAUAAUCCAAAAGCUCAAGCCAGCCUUUCGGCGAACACCUUUGCUAUUACUGGCCAUGGUGAAAAUAAACAAAUAACAGAAAUGUUGCCUGGAAUACUGAGUCAAUUAGGCCCUGAAGGUUUGACUCAAUUGAAAAGAUUAGCCAGUACGGUUGCUGGGAGCGCAGUUGGUAAAGCCACAAUGGAAGAGGACGAUGAAGUACCAGAAUUAGUUGAAAACUUUGAUGAAGCCAGUAAGGAAGAGGUUGCGACAAAGAAAGAAGUCGAAGACUUUGGUAAGUCUGUUGCAGACAAAAAAGAAGCAAUUGUCACUGAAAAUGACAAAAAAGAAGCUACCUUAGUUAAGCCUGAAGCUUAAAAGCUUAACGUUAAGCGUGCUCACCGGGAUAUAAAAAAUAAGUGGAUGAGUCAAGAAAUAAUAUUGCUUGAGUGAAAAAAAAAUUUGUAAUUGUAUCAAACGUUACAAAUUCUUUACCUUGUGUUACGAUUAUAUAAAUAAUGAUAAUGAUAGUCCAGGAAAUUGGAAAUAUUUGAAAAUAAAUGAUGGUCGUUGGCAUCAUCUAUUAAUCUAACAAUAAAUUUUAAGAACAUUUUUUUUUAUUUAAAA